CCAACAUUUAAACAUCUUGAAUUCGUUGUUAGUCAAUAGUAAUUAACAUAGUCUAAACUCUAGCAUAGUAGCACCUAGCAAACAGGAUGAUCACAAGACCGGAAAGUGAGGAAGCUGGACCCUCACUGUGUCCCUCUUUUCCUAAGGUCCUCACUUGGCACAACUAACAAGGCCCGGACCGAAGUGGCAAAGUCUAACAAUCCCCAAACUCCACCUCCUUUUGAGGCUAUCUCUCACCUGAUAAAGCUGUUGAGAGUCUCUAUAGCCAGUUAACAUACAAUGGGGAACUGUGGAUUCAGAGGCUUUGGGGAGAUGAAUAAGUUGACGAUGAUAAAAGUAGUGACAUGCAACGGUGGAGUGAUGGAGCUGCAACCACCAGUGACCGUGGAAAACAUCACCAAUGGUUUUCCAGGCCACGGUGUCUUUAAAGACCAAGAUCUUCUUUCCAAACCACUCAUGCACAAUGAAGAGCUAUCUCCUGGUGAAGUAUACCAUCUCCGGCCACUUAACAGUGUCUCACUCCGUGCACUCCCAUCGGUUGUGGCGCCGUAUCGUGUGUCGUUCGACCAGGAAGGGAUUUGGAGGUGUCAAGAUGUGGACAUGAAUCAGAAGUGCAUGCAAAGUGGAGGUUCUAGCCGGGUCUGGAAGGUUAAGUUGGUCAUUAGUCCGGCACAGUUGAGUGAGAUCUUGGCGCAUGAGUCGCGGACUGAGGCGUUGAUCGAGAGCGUGAGGAUGGUGGCUAAGUGCGGUCAUGGGUCCAUGUCGACGUCGGUGGCGAGCUCGGAUCAGUGGAGCUUGGCUAGCAGCCGGAAAGGUCGCUUGGAGGCCGGGGCUUGAAAGUGAGUUGUAGGAUACUUGUACUUGAAAUGUCGAGUCCUCUUGUUGCUGCUGGUUCUGAGCCAAAAAAAAAAA